UAAAUCCGGGAGGUUAGUUAACUCGGGUGAAGGUAGCAAGCCUCUUGGGCGCCAGGGUCGACUCAGUUCUAAGUGCUCUGUCAGGCGACCCGCGGUGCCUUAACUCGGAGUCGGACGCCUAGUGAGCAACUCUAUAGUAUAGUUGUUCCCCAGGCCUCUGCUGAACACUUGAGGUCUAGUACCAAGGGGACGUUACCUCUCUCACACACACGUACACGCCCCGUUCACCCCAGUCGGUUAGGGGAGCGGACAGUUUUCGGGAGUGUGGCGGACCUGGGGUUUGGCUUAAGUGAGUUGACUGUGUCAAAGGGGGAAAAAAAAGGCGCCUUCGCGGCGGAGAUACAGGUCCCUACUUAGGGUUUCGGAGGCGGAAUCUUGCGCCCGGAGGGGGCCGCACAUAACUUUCCGAUCCGAAAAGCACCGAAAGGCGGAAACAAAACAAAACAAAAAACCCCCCAACGAUCCGUCAUGCCAACUAAGCUAGGGGGCUCUGAGAAGGCAACAAGGCGUUCCGGGGGCGGCGGGGCGGCGGGGCCAAACAGAAGGUUGAGGUUCAAUUCGGGAGCUAGAAAGCGUAGAAAGAGUGUUUCGCGGGUAGCGCGUUCCAAGGGAGCGAAGGGCUGAGGAGGAACAUUCUGACACAGUUGCGCUCAAAACUAACUCUCACCCUGAAAGAAAGGAAAAACAAGCCAGGGAAAACUGUUGGCAAACUGGAAAGUAGAAAGGGAGGCGGGUGGGCGGGGGUAGGGGGGAUUCUGCCCAAGCCAAUCAGUGGCGCUAGGGCCGAUGACGUCACAGCCAAUGGACAGCCAGCGCGGGACUUUCAAUUACUGAUCCGCCCAAUCGGGAAAAGACUGUGCCUAUAAAGACCGCUGCGGCGGGCUGGAUCCCGGUUCCUUUCCUUGCGCGUCGCUGCGCCGGUGAGCUCGUGUCUCGGUUCGCUAUGGCCCGUACAAAGCAGACUGCCCGUAAGUCGACCGGUGGCAAGGCCCCGCGGAAGCAGCUGGCCACCAAGGCGGCCCGCAAGAGCGCGCCGGCCACCGGCGGCGUCAAGAAGCCGCACCGCUACCGGCCGGGCACCGUGGCCCUGCGGGAGAUCCGGCGCUACCAGAAGUCGACCGAGCUGCUGAUCCGCAAGCUGCCCUUCCAGCGGCUGGUGCGCGAGAUCGCGCAGGACUUCAAGACCGACCUGCGCUUCCAGAGCUCGGCCGUGAUGGCGCUGCAGGAGGCGAGCGAGGCCUACUUGGUGGGGCUGUUUGAAGACACGAACCUGUGCGCUAUCCACGCCAAGCGCGUGACUAUCAUGCCCAAAGACAUCCAGCUGGCCCGCCGCAUCCGUGGGGAGCGGAGCCACCCACAACUGCACUUGGAAGAAGCUGUGCCACUUGGCCGUGCUCUCCCGGCGGACCCUCGCAUACCCCGGGAGGAGAGGCUGUUAGAGCGGGCAGAGCGUUGGGCUCCAACAGAUAGGCUAAAGAAAGGCCAGGUAUCUGGCCUAGUCCCCUGCUUGCUGGCCGCCUUCCGGGGUGUCAAGAUCUUUGAGUUUGGUCAGUCGGAUUCUCUGGCCUGGCGAGCUUGCCGCUGCGUUCUUGGGCGCGGCCAGGGCGCCCAGUUUCGCUUCUUGGAGGCAGCCACGGGUCCUCCCGUAGGGUCGGGCUCUUCUAGGGCGUCUUCGUACUCGACCUUGGCCCAGAACUGUAAUCUGUCCCGGGUGGGGAGUGGGGGGGUGGGGGGGUGGGAGGUGCGGGCUGUUAGGCCAGGCGGAGUCACUAGGGGACGCUCAGGAUUCGCGGGCUUGAGCGCGCGGAGGCUGGCCUUCAGGCAGCUGAGAGCCGCGCGCAGGUCUGACCUCCUCACCCCCGCCGGAAAGGGCCCCGCCCCGCGUGGCUCUCCGCCUCCGGCGGGAAAUCGCCAUCUCGGUGACCGCGUCCCUAAUGACAUUCUCCAGGAACACCUUCAACACACCUCGGGUCUCUUCGUAAAUGAGGCCGGAGAUGCGCUUGACCCCCCCGCGCCGAGCAAGACGCCGGAUGGCGGGCUUGCUAUCAUGGCGCGUACAAAGCAGACUGCCCGGAAGUCGACUGGUGGCAAGGCCCCACGGAAGCAGUUGGCCACCAAGGCGGCCCGCAAGAGCGCGCCGGCCACUGGCGGCGUCAAGAAGCCGCACCGCUACCGGCCGGGCACCGUGGCUCUGCGGGAGAUCCGGCGCUACCAGAAGUCGACCGAGCUGCUGAUCCGCAAGCUGCCUUUCCAGCGGCUGGUGCGCGAGAUCGCGCAGGACUUCAAGACUGAUCUGCGCUUCCAGAGCUCGGCCGUGAUGGCGCUGCAGGAGGCGAGCGAGGCCUAUCUGGUGGGGCUGUUUGAAGACACGAACUUGUGCGCUAUCCACGCCAAGCGCGUGACCAUCAUGCCCAAAGACAUCCAGCUGGCCCGCCGCAUCCGCGGGGAGCGGGCUUAA